AUGGCCGGGCCGGAAUCUGCAUCGGCACUUGACAACACCGAUGUCGACCCGAACAGCGACAGUGUCAUGUCGACCGAUGCUUCCACAGUCAUCAACGACAAUACUGCCGAGUCCGCCGAGACUGCUCGUCUUCGGGGUCUCGACGCCCAGGUCCGAGAUCAGGAUGACCUCGAGCGGAGCAUAGGCCGCGAGGCUGACCAGCUUCUACACGAACAGGCAAAUCAGCGCGACCAGCAACGACUUGAGAAGACUCAAACGCAGAAGCAGAAGCUAGAGGCAUCAGUUCGACGCAUCAAAGAGGACAUCAGUCGACCUAUUGGGGUCACACAGAGGAAUCGUUUGCGUGUGCAGGUCGAUCAGAUCCAGUGUCAAAUCCAGGACCUUGAUAAUGACCUCGAUGAAAUCCAAGAGCGAAUGCGAGACCGCGAUAGAGGCGUUGCAGAAGCACAAGAGGAAGCAUCUAGCACCGGCCGACUACCGAAUGAGACUCAGCGUGACUUCUUAAUCCGCACCGGCAAGAUCACUCCCUUCUCCAAAUUCGGUCUAUCUUCCCAUGGCGUCUCCUCCGAUACACUUCAGGGUGCUCUGCUGGACGCCGAGGAGGAGCCUGAAGAUGGCGAAGUCAUACCAGGCCAGGCACCUGCCCUUGACAUGUCUCACCGCAACCUCCGUCAACCUGGGUUUGCUAGCUCCGUCGUCGAUUCUGAUGACCAAAGUUUCGAGUCUGAACAGCCUCGGAAGCGCCGAAAGAUCCUGCCGCGCAAAUUUGAGCAUGACGACGACGCUUCUUUCGACGAUGCUGAUACCGGAACUGACGAUCUUGUUUCGAUCGACGAAGACUCGGAUGAUGUCAUGCCAACGACUUCUGGUAAGAAGAAACGAACGCCUCGCAAAGCUCAUGUGCCCCACGACGAAGAGAUCGAAGACCUGAGAGGCCUCGAUGAUGGGACUGAGGCUGUGUACAAGUCUCGCUUACGGCGGUGGGCGCUACGACGACGGCGAGCUCGGCAACGCCGUUCAAGUACCGAAGAUAUUGAGGAAGAGUACGAUGAUGAGGUCGUUGAAGAAGAAUGUCAUCAACCUCACCCAAAGAUCGCCGACACUGUGUUCGAGGAUGGCUACAGGAUUCCUGGCGAUAUUUACCCCAGCCUAUUCGACUAUCAGAAGACGGGAGUGCAGUGGCUUCACGAGCUAUACACGCAGCAGGUCGGCGGAAUUAUCGGAGACGAAAUGGGCCUAGGCAAGACUAUACAGAUCAUCUCGUUCCUUGCUGGUCUACACUACAGCAAGAAGCUUGACAAACCUGUCAUUGUCGUCUGCCCCGCUACUGUAAUGAAGCAGUGGGUAAAUGAGUUCCACAGAUGGUGGCCUCCAUUCCGAGUCACCAUUCUACAUUCAUCUGGCUCUGGCAUGAUCAAUAUCCGAAACGAAAGUUCAAGAGAGGACCAGCUAGUCGAACAGAUCUGGGAUCCAAAUGCGCGCAACAAAGCACUGACUCCGAGCCAAAAAUCUGCUAGGAAAGUGCUGAGGCCUAUUAUGGAGCAUGGCGGCGUGCUUGUGACCACGUACUCUGGUCUUCAAAGCUACGCACCUUUGCUCAUCCCGACCGAUUGGUCCUACGCCAUCCUGGAUGAGGGUCAUAAGAUCAGAAACCCGAACACAGCCAUCACUAUCUAUUCCAAGGAACUGCGGACCCCCAAUAGAAUCAUCUUGUCUGGUACGCCGAUGCAGAACAACCUGGUCGAACUAUGGUCUCUGUUCGAUUUCGUUUUCCCCAUGCGUCUGGGCACACUCGUCAACUUCCGCAACCAGUUUGACAUCCCGAUCCGACAGGGUGGCUAUGCCAAUGCAUCGAACUUGCAGGUUCAAACUGCUUUCAAGUGCGCCGAGACUCUGAAGGAUGCGAUUAGUCCGUAUCUCCUGCAGCGCUUCAAAAUCGACGUGGCUGCUGAUCUCCCCAAGAAAAGUGAGCAGGUUUUGUUCUGCAAGUUGACACCGAAACAACGCAAGGACUAUACCUACUUUCUCGGAUCUCAGGAGAUGGAUGCUAUUAUGAGCGGCAAGCGACAGGUUCUGUAUGGCAUCGAUAUCCUGCGCAAGAUCUGUAACCACCCUGAUCUGCAAGACCACAAGCGGCUCUCCUUCAAACCUGACUAUAACUACGGCGAUCCUGAGAAGUCCGGCAAGAUGAAAAUUGUUGGAUCCCUUCUAGAAUUGUGGCGCGAAACAGGCCACAAGACGUUGUUAUUCGCCCAACACCGGAUCAUGCUUGACAUACUCGAAAGAUACGUGCGCUCGUUACCAGGAAUGAAGUACAGACGCAUGGAUGGCAACACACCUAUCCAAUCCCGCCAGAGCAUGGUCGAUGAAUUCAACACAGACCCAGGCCUCCACGUAUUCUUGCUCACUACUAAAGUAGGUGGUCUUGGUGUUAAUUUGACCGGAGCCGAUCGAGUGAUCAUCUAUGACCCUGACUGGAACCCGUCAACCGAUCUGCAGGCCCGCGAACGAGCGUGGCGGUUGGGACAGAAACGUGAGGUGACAAUAUAUCGCUUAAUGACUGCUGGCACGAUCGAGGAGAAGAUUUACCACCGUCAAAUCUUCAAGCAGUUCCUGACCAACAAAGUCUUGAAAGACCCGAAGCAGCGCCAAACUUUCCACUUGAAUGAUCUCCACGACCUCUUCAGCCUCACUAACGAUGAAGCGCCCACGGAAACCAGUCAGUUGUUCAAGAAUGCUAAUGUCGAGCACUCGAACAAAGCCGAUGCAUCUGCGGCAAACCUGCAACCCGCUGUAAAACCCGAGCCCGAGAAUGACGACGUUGCGGUCAAAGCCCUUCCCGGCAUCAGCUCGGUGCAGCAAUUCGCCGGAGAAGUCGCCGAAGAAGAAGAGGCGAAGCAGGACGGGGGCAGCGAAACCACAGCUGAGAAGCGCAUGAUGGAAGGCCUAUUCUCCAGAUCCGGCAUCCAUUCUGCCGUUGAGCACGAUGCUAUCAUAGGUGGCAAUAGCGCAACCAAGAAGGUCGAAGCUGAUCCGGCGAUUGUCGAACGGCAAGCGAGAAGGAUUGCAGCUGAGGCCGCUCGGGAACUUCGGCAUGCCGCUGAGACAGCUCGCAAUGUUCCAAUUGGCACUCCGACCUGGACUGGUCAGUUCGGAGUUUCUGGCCGUCCCCAGGAGACUACGGCUCAUAGAGCCUUUGGUGCAAGUUCGCGCAACCGGGGUGGUGGUGUCGGGUCUGCAAGUCUGCUUGCUGGCUUGCAGCAGCGCCAGCUUGGUGCGAGUGGCAAUGCCACACAACGUGUAGCAAGUCCUUCGAGAUCGGCCACACCUCGGGAGUCCCCUGCUCCUUCGUCUGGCACGGCCACACCUCCAAGUGGCAAAGAGUUCGCCAAAAUGAUCCAGUCGUACCUGAAGUCGCAAGGUGGUAGCAGCUAUACGCAGAUGCUGAUCGAUCAUUUCAACCGUUUCUGCACCAACCAGCAGUCGACGCUGGAGUUCAAGGAGACCUUGAAGCAAAUUGCGACCCUGGAGAAGGGCUCGCGUGGUCGUGGUCGCUGGGUUUUGAAGGACGAGUUCAGGAAUUGA